AAUAUGACUUACUUGUUGACUAUCGGGAUGCGAAUUGGCCUGAGAAAUUGCGUGCCGCUACGGGUAGUAGACUUGCUAUAUUCCGCUCAGAAGAGACAGGAAGUUUAGACUUGAGCAAUAUGCGUGCUAAGACACUCUACAGUGCCUCAUGGGAGUGUCUCGGUGCUGAUAUUGAAUUCUUUGGAUUCAAAAUACCAGCAAGCCCGGGAGCGCGGAAGGUAGCAGACAAGUUCUUCCAGUACUUAGGAUCGAGCGUUGAGAAGGGUGAAGUCAUGCUCGAGCCGAAUCCCAUAUGGAUAAUGUUAGGCGGUAUCGAGAGAAUUGUUCCGGAUAGAUUUCAACUGAUUGGCUCACUGCUGGUCAGUGGUAAGCGAUCGGGUAGGGAGUACUAGGACUGAAGAUUACAUGCGGCCGAUCAGCAUGGAGAAUCUAGUCUAUUCACUCAAGUAAGAAAAGUAUAAAAGCCGAAGAUGUAGUUAUGCAACGAAGGGUCCUGGCUUCAGGAGGCUCUGAUGCGACUUGUCAGUUCCGAUUAGAUAGCAUCAAUUCACACAUAUCUCUCCCGCGUACCUACCAAUGAUGGCUGUCUAAUGAUAGAAUGAUACCGGACAUCGGAUAGUC